AUGUAUCAAGAAAAAAAUCGAAAUCUUAGUCACAUUAUGUUACAUAUUGAUAUGGAUGCAUUUUAUGCAAGUGUUGAAAUGAGAGAUGAUCCUAGUUUACGAAAUAUACCAAUGGCUGUUGGCGAAAUGUCUAUGUUGAGUACGAGUAAUUAUCAUGCACGCAAAUAUGGUGUACGAUCUGGUAUGCCAGGAUUUAUAGGUAUAAAAUUGUGUCCCAAACUUAAAAUUGUACCUCAUAAUUUUGCUAAAUAUAGAAAAGCUAGUCAUAUUGUUCAAUCAAUUUUUAGUGAGUAUGAUUCUAAUUUAUCCAUGGGAUCGUUAGAUGAAGCUUACAUGGAUAUAACUGAUUUUAUGAAAAUUAGGAAAGAAUCAAAUAUACUUAUUAGAAAAAGAUAUACGGGUGAAUGUAUUUGUAUACUACCCAUUAUUUCUGACAGUGAUGAACAUGGAAUUUGUGAAGUUGAAGAAAUAAAAGAAAUAUGUAAAAAGUGCAAUAAAGAAAGAAUUUGUUUGAUUGACAAGAUAUCUUUUGGAAUAAGUGAGGCAGAAGUCGUUAAGGAAAUAAGAUUUCGUGUACAACAAGCAACUGGAUUAACAUGUAGUGCGGGUAUAGCAGCUAAUUGGUUAUUAGCUAAAAUAUGUUCUGACAUAAAUAAACCUAAUGGGCAAUUUGAAUUAAGUCGUGAUUCAAAAAAAAUAAUGGAUUUUAUGAGAAAUCUUCAUGUUCGAAAAGUAAAUGGAAUAGGUCAACAGACUCAUGGAUUGUUAAAAGCAUUUAAAAUUGAAACAUGUGAAGAUAUUUAUAAGAAUAGAGGAAUAUUACGGUUAAUAUUUAGUGAAUUAAAUUGGACAUUCUUAAUUAAAACCUAUCUUGGUAUUGGAAAUACUAUAAUGAAUUAUGAUAAAGAUGAUUUAAAAAGAAAAAGUAUUAGUGUAGAAAGAACAUUCAAAGAUACUGGUGAAAUUAAUGAAUGCCUUUAUUAUCUAAAAAGUGCUUGCAAUGAAUUGAUCAAAAGUUUAGAACAUAAUAAUGUUAGAGGUGGUUAUAUAGUAACACUAAAAUGUCGUAAAGAUACUUUUGAAAGAUAUACACGUUCUCAAUCUGUUACAAAUUUAGUUUCAACAGAAAAUCAAUUAUAUUCAAUUGCUAAAGAAUUACUUUUAAAGGAAAUGUCUGAAAAAACAAUUAAAUAUCGUUUAAUAGGUAUCGGUUUAAGUAGACUAUCAUUUUAUGAAGAAAAUGAUGAAAUAGAAGAAUUAUCAUUUGAAGAAAAAAAAUCCAGAAAAAAAUUGUAUUCUUCUAUUGAAGUGGAAGAUAUUUCCGAUGAUGAUAUUAUAUGUAUUUCUGAUACAAAUGAUUCAUCAUUCAAAUACUCAAAUAAAAAUGGUGAAAUUAUUAAUUUGAAUACUGAAACCGUAGACAACCAGAAAAAACAGUUCAGAAAGAGAACAAAUACUAAUUUAGAUUCAUAUUUUAAAUCAUCUAGAAAAGAGGAUUUUUAA